UCUACAGAGACGUCAUGCAGGAGAACUAUGAAAACGUGACCUCGCUGGCUCUAAGACACCUGAAGGUGUAUUUCCAGAAUAUACAAAUGUUAUCACCUUUCUCCAGUGGCAGUGCUGCCUUUUCCUAUUAGUUACUCAGGAAGUAGAAAUCAACUCUUAAACACUGCAAUCUGUUUAUACACUGCAUUUGAUAUUUUGCCAGCACAAAUGAAAACACACUUCAGUUCAAGGGUGUCCAGUUUCCAAACCUGAUGUGAUCUCCCAGCUGGAACGAGGGGAGGAGCCAUGGGUCCCGGAUCUCCAGGGCUGUGAGGAAGGAGAGAUCCCGAGAGGUGCCUGUGCAGCAGGUGCUGGGAUGGUGAGUGAGGAGAAGAAGCAGAAUCCUCAGCAGGAAGAUUCUGAGCAAGUGGCACCACAUGGGGGAUUAUCGCACGGCUCCAGAGGGAAUGUGUCCAGGCGUCGUGUGCAGGGGAAGGCCUGUGAGAGUCAGCACAGACUAGAGAGGGAGCAGAGAAACCAGCCAGCGGAAAAAGUGGGUAACUCCAUUAAUUGUCAGGGAACUCACCAGGACCUCCUGGAAACCACAGCCCAGCCAAGAAUACCUACAGGAGAGAGAAAAAACACAUGCGCUGAGUGUGGAAAGCAUUUCAGUAGCCACUCAGGCCUUUUAAAACAUAAGGGAAUCCACACUGGAGAGAGGCCCUAUGGAUGCAAUGUGUGUGGGAAAACCUUCAGUCAGAGCAUUCACCUUAUUCGACAUCACAGGAUCCACACAGGAGAGAAACCCCAUGAAUGCAGUGAGUGCGGGAAAACCUUCACUCUGAGCUUCACCCUUAUUAACCAUCAGAGGAUCCACACAGGAGAACGACCGUAUACAUGUAGUGAGUGUGGGAAAAAGUUCACUCAGAGCUCAGGUCUUGUUAAACAUCAGAGGAUCCACACAGGAGAGAAACCUUAUGAAUGCUGUGAGUGUGGGAAAAGCUUUACCGACAGGUCAGACCUUAUUAAUCAUCAGAGGAUCCACACAGGAGAGCGACCCUAUAAAUGUAGUGAGUGUGGGAAAAAGUUCACUCGGAGCUCAGGUCUUCUUAUACAUCAGAAGAUCCACACAGGAGAGAAACCCUACAAAUGCUGUGAGUGCGGGAAAAGCUUCAUUCAGAGCUCAGCCCUUAAUCAACAUCAGAGGAUCCACACAGGGGAGAGAACCUACGAGUGCUGUGAGUGUGGGAAAAGCUUCAGUCAGAGCUUUCACCUUAUUCGACAUCACAGAUUGCACACAGGAGAGAAACCCUACAAAUGCAGUGAGUGCGGGAAAAGCUUCACUCAGAGUUCAGCCCUUAAUAAACAUCAGAGGAUCCACACAGGGGAGAGACCCUACGAAUGUUGUGAGUGUGGGGAAAGCUUCUCUGUAAAGUCAGACCUUAUUGAACAUCAGAAUAUCCACAUGGGAAAGAUACCUCAUCAGUGCUCUGAGUGUGGAAAAACUUUCACACAGAGUUCAUCCCUUAAUGCACAUCAGAGGAUCCACACGGGAGAGCGCCCCUAUGAGUGCUGUGAGUGUGGGAAACUGUUCAGACAGAAAUCAACCCUAAUUACGCAUCAGGCAAGGCACACAGGAGAGAGACCCUAUCAGUGCUGUGAUUGUGGGAAAGCCUUCAGUGUGAGCUCAGACCUCAUUGUACAUCAGAGAAUUCACACGGGAGAGAGACCUUAUCGAUGCUCUGAGUGCGGGAAAAGUUUCACCCGGAGCUCACCCCUUAAAAGACAUCAGAGUGUUCACAGGAGAGAGAGACAGCAUAGAAACUCUGUGUAGGGCGGAGAAAAAAAUUAAAAAAAACAAAACACAUUUGCUAAUUCCCACAUAGUGACCUUAUGGGUUGUUUGCACCAUUUGUGUCACUCUGUUCUCUCAGACCCCUCGUGUGUUGACCACUCAUGCCUUUUACAGGUCGCCCUUCCCUAGGUGAAUCCCGUGGUCCUUGCUCCUGU